AUGCCUGCUACUUCCAGCAGAGAAUCUUCUCCAGCGGAGAGCCCACCAAGCCACAUGCAGCCCAUGAUGACGCCAAGGACUCCUCUCCUACCGGCUAGGUCAAGACAUGACCAGGGUCCAGGUCAGCUGCACAUAAGUCCUGUGCCGACACCUGGCAUAGCCUGCUAUACCCGGCACCACCCGGCGGACCUGUUUGGGGCGUUCUGUUGCCCCCUAUGUGUUCACAUGUCCGCGCCGCCCACCGGGUUGUCACAUCACACUUUGGCAGCCCACGGGCUGGCCUCUGCGCAGCUGAUGUCCACUGCACAUGUAAUGUCAUCACACAUGACCCCGACAAGUAUGUCAGCUCAUAGAAUACGUAGGUCACUCUCGCCCCCUGGGAUGGCGCCCCAGUAUACAUCCCCAUAUGACAGAAGCCCGGUUAACUUAUCGGGAAAAGCGCAUUCGACGGAUAUCGUGCGAAAACGGGAGAAAUCACCACUUCCGCCACAGAGUAAUCCCGUGGCGCCCACUUUGUCUCAUCGCAAGAGAAGCAAGUGUGAACCAAGCGUGAAUGGCCCUUCUGACGACCUGCCAUCCUCCAAGCGCAUGCGCACUGCAUUCACUAGCACUCAACUGCUGGAGCUCGAGCGAGCCUUCAGCACCAAUAUGUAUCUGUCACGACUGAGGCGGAUAGAGAUUGCCACCUGCUUGAACCUGUCUGAGAAACAGGUGAAGAUUUGGUUCCAGAACAGGAGAGUCAAACAUAAGAAAGAAGGUCCGGACGGUGAGGAGGCUGGCGCCGUCGUCUGCAAAUGUUUGAGGGUGUGCAGCAACCACUCAAAGAAAGGUCAGCUCAGAGAAACAGCUGAAGAGCUGAAAACCUCCGAGCAGGUGGCAGAAUCGAGGCAGUUGCACUCCGACGGUAGCCAAGUACGCUUUUCGCAGCUCCCACUGGACAUGGGAAGUCACUCUGAUUCCCACAGUCGUCCCUGCAGUGCGGCGUCGCUCUGCGACAGGAAAACAAACAACGAACGUUAUUAUGAGUCGGAGAAUGCCAGCUCAAACUGCGGCCAGGUUUUAGCGACUUGCCAGGAGAGCAACGAUGAAGAAGAUUCAGAGGGAGAAGACGAGUAUAUAGAUGUGAUGUCUAGACCAGACUUGUCAGUGUUGAAAUCUGAAGACGUUUAAUACUUCUUUGUUUAAAUGCUUUACCCAGUCCUUGCUGGCUUUUUUUUUUAUAUAGUACUAUAAACUAUGAGAUCAAGAAAUGGGACUCAGCAAUGAAUGAAGAGGAAUGGAGGGGCGGGGUGUACAUGUAGGUCUCAGCGAGUUGGCGAGUAACGUUCCGACGUAAAGUUGUUUUGAAGGAGGAGCAAAUUUAUUUGAAAAAAAAAUUGCUAGGAAAGCGAUGUCUUGAUUUACAAGUAGUAAGGUUUUAUUUAAUCUCGUGAAUAACUAGUUAAAAACGUAUUGAUUUCUAUCGAUAUUCAUUAGUUUGUACGGUCUGUUGUGUCUUUAUAGAGCAGUGAUGCCCAAAGUACGGCCCGCGGGCCAGAACCGGCCCGCGACGUGGUUCCAUCCGGCCCGCCGAAACGUCGGCACAAAAAGUAGCAAAAAAGUUGAAAAUGUAUCUUUUUUCUUCGUUUAUGAGUUUAUGAAAUGGAACUCUGAAUGUAGAGUCUACCAGAAAAAGUGAAUGGAUCUUUUUGUGGAACAUAAGUCAACAUAAUUGUUUUGUAAAGGAAGUCUGACUGUUUCAGAAACAACAACAUAUACAGCGGCAAUAUAAAACAAAUAUGAAGGCCUUCUUAGUUUGAGCCGCGUAUAAAAGAUUGGUUAAACCACCAUGGUUAAACUACGCCAAGAGAUUGGAGGGUCGAUGGGAAUAUUUACCAAAAAGUGAUAAGAUAAUAAGUUGGUGAUAAAGUUAACUAAAAUGUUGCUCACAUUUUAAGUAGAGAAAUGAAGCCAUUUUUAGAUGCGUAAAAAGUGAUAUAUUUUAAA